AUGAAAUUAAGCCAAACUCCAUAAACCAAAGUUUCCAGAAUGGAUGAGACCUUCUCAACUGAUAUACAUAAUAUGUGCUAUAGUCGAGUCAACAUCCUCACCAAUGAGGUAGAGAAGCUAACAGAUGUUCUGGGAACAGCCUCAUAAGAAAUGGAAGUUCUCAAAGAACAAAAUCGAGAUUUGUAAAAUCAAUUAACAGAGAUGGAGCACUCAAAUUAAAUUGUCAACUAAGAGUUUGAUAACAUUUGCGAAAGAUUGAAAUAAAAAAGUAUAGAGGCUGAAGAGUACGCCUUCUAGGUCUAAAAAUUAACUCUACAAAAACAAGAAAUCACUCAAAAUUUGAACAAGGUGCUCAAUGAAUUGGAAUAAAUAAAUUAAGUGAUAGACAUCAAGGAUCAGGAAAUCCAAUCUGGAAAACAGUAAUUUAUUGCAAAAACAGAAGAAUUAUAGCAAAGUUUAUAAUAGACUUACCAUUUGGAUUAAGCUUUGAAAGUAGUUAAGGAAGAAAAAUUAAAAUAUAUUUAUGAAUAUUAAUAGUUGUAAAAAUUGGUAGAAGAAUAACAAUAAUAAAUAAAAGAAUUAAAUGAGUACAGAAUAGGCUAUGAGACAUUGAAAGUGGAUUUGAAUAUUCUGAGAGUCAAUUAUACGAAUUUACUUAACUAAAAAUUGGAAGAAAAGAAAGAGUUAGAAGCUCAAAUUGAUGUGUUGAGAGAUAUGCAUUCGUACACUAUUGAAGAUGGAUAACUAAAAUUUGCUGAUUAAAUUAAACAAGAAAUAGAAUCAUUCAAAUAACUUUACGAUGAGUAGUACAAAUUUGAAAGGAUGACAUAUGAAUCCACACUAGAUCAACUGAAAAAUUAAGUGGCCACACUUUCAAUGCAAUUGCAAAACGCUGAAAUUUUGGUUAGCACUCAUAAGUAAAACUUGAUGAAUCAAGCUCAAUUGAGUAUGUUUGAGAAAAGCAAUUAAGUAAGUGAAUUAAAAGCGCAAAAUUAUGUCUUGUAAGAAUCCCUUAUCACAGCCAACAGGGAGUUGAAUGAAUUGAAAUAGUAGAUGGAGAAUGGCAACAUAAUUAGAUUUGAUGAGGAUGUGAGAAGAUAGAUUGAAUAUAAAUUAGAUCUAUGCUAAUAAUUGCAAAAAGACAAAGAAGAACUCAAUAAAGAAAACUAACAACUCAAAAGAGAGAACAAAUUGUUAAAAGAAAACAACGAAUUGAUGUAAUAACAAUUGUCACAACAGCAAUCAAAUAUAAGUUAAUUGCCAUAAUCUCUUCUUCUGAGUUAGAUAUCACCAUCAGGAAUUUCACCUGGGCAAAAAAUCAACGACAGCGAAAAAAUCAAAUAUUUAUUAAAGGCAGUUGAUCAAUUGCAAAAUGCCAUUAAAGACAGGGAUCAAGAGAUUACUAAAUUAUCAUAGAUGGCUAGUACCAAUGUUGGGUUGUCUUCAUUGAUCAAUAAGCCAAAUUCAAGAAUGCGAUUUUACCAUCUCAAUUCAGAUGAUUUAAAUUCCUUUGAUAAAUAAUUAUGA